CAAUUUACCAUAUUUAAAACAUUCCAUUAAAUUUCCAAUCAAUUAAUGCAAACCCCCCUAACUUCCAUAAACCUCCCCAAAGCCCUAAAACUCGGCAAUGGAUAAUUGCAGAUACGCCGUAUCCCAAUCCCCAAAAUUCAAAACGAAAAGCCCUUUCAAAAUGGAAACUCCGUAUAAAAUCUUGCCCCAUCACCUUCCUCAAGUGAAUCAAAAGGCGGAUCAGCCUUCGCGACCUUUCAAAUGGCGCCGAAAGCUACGGAGAUCAUCAAAAUCCCGGGCGGUGCCGCCGCCGCCGCCGCCGACGACGAAAUAUCGGUGAUUUACGCGACGCCGCUCCCGGCCAACAAAGGCUCCACCAAGUCCGACGCCAUCUCAGUCGAAGAUUACCGCCCAAAACUCAAAAGGAAAACGGUCGGUUUUUCCCGAAACCCUUGUUCCGACGACGACGAGGUUAAAGUUCUUCAUUUUUUCCCCAAAUUCCGAAAAAAGGUUUUCCUCAAAGGCGAGUGCUCGUAUCCAGAGCCAGAGGAUGAUACCAAACCUGUUCCCCCAUCGACGUUCAUGUGCGAAAUCUGUGCCGACGAAAAAUCUACGAAAGAAAGUUUCCGCAUUUUGGGCUGCCAUCACUCUUACUGUGCCGACUGCGUGAGAAAUUACGUGGGCACAAAGCUGCAGGAAAACGUUGUCUCCAUUAAAUGCCCUGUUUCCGGGUGCAAAGGCUCUCUCGAGCCUCAGCACUGCCGGUCAAUACUGCCCGAGCAGGUUUUCGAGCGGUGGGGAGACACUUUAUGUGAAGCCGUGAUCUUGGCUACUGAGAAAUUCUAUUGCCCGUUCAAGGAUUGCUCGGCCCUGUUAAUUGACGAGAGGAAGGGCAAAAACGAAGUGAUUGCUGAAUCUGAGUGCCCUAAUUGUAAUCGGCUGUUUUGCGCUAAUUGUAGGGUGCCUUGGCACUCGGGUGUAACAUGCAAAGAGUUCGAGGGGCUGAAGAAGGGGGAGAGGAGUCGUGAGGAUAUAUUGCUGAUGAGUCUUGCUAAGAGCAAGAAGUGGAUGAGGUGUCCACAGUGCAGUAUUUACGUCGAGAAGAUUUACGGUUGCUUUUUCAUUGUGUGCAGGUGUGGAUACAAUUUUUGUUACAAUUGCGGAGUUGCGAAUGACUCUGCAAUGGAUAAUUGCAGAUACACCGUAACCAAAUCCCAAAAUCCACUAACGAACAACUCUAUCAAAAUGGAGACCCCCUAUAAAAUCUCGCCUCAUCACCUUCCCGAAGAGAAUCAAGUGGCGGAUCAGUCGUCGCGACCUUGCAAAUGGCGCCUAAAGCUUCGGAAACCGUCAAAAUUUCGGCGGCCGCCGCCGCCAACAAGCCCGACGCCAUCCCGAUCGAAAAUUUCCGCCCUAAACUCAAAAAGAAAAAUAUCGGUUUAUCCCGAAGCCCUUAUUCCGGCGACGGCGAGAGGCGAGUGCUUGCUUCCACAAACAGAGGAUGACACCAAACCGGUCCCCUGCUCGACUUUCAUGUGCGAAAUCUGUGCCGACGAAAAACCUAAUGGCGAAAGUUUUCGCAUUUUGGGCUGCCAUCACUCUUACUGUGCCGAUUGCGUGGGCAAUUACGUGGGUGCAAAGCUGCAGAACAACGUCGUCUCCAUUAAAUGCCCUGUUUCCGGGUGCAAAGGCUCGCUCGAGCCUCAGCACUGCCGAUCAAUAUUGCCAGAGCAGGUUUUCAACCGGUGGGGGGAUGCUUUGUGUGAAUCCGUGAUCUUGGCUACUGAGAAAUUCUAUUGCCCGUUCAAGGAUUGCUCGGCCCUAUUAGUUGACGAGAGGAAGCGCAAAAACGAAGUGAUUGCUGAAUCUGAGUGCCCUAAUUGUAACCGGCUGUUUUGCGCUAAAUGUAGAGUGCCUUGGCACUCGGGUGUAACAUGCAAAGAGUUCGAGGGGCUGAAGAAGGGGGAGAGGACCCGUGAGGAUAUAUUGCUGAUGAGUCUUGCUAAGAGCAAAAAGUGGAUGAGCUGUCCACAGUGCAGUAUUUAUGUUGAGAAGAUUACCGGAAUGAGCACCUUUGAGUAUGAAUAUCAUCAUGAGAUGAGAGCUUCGUUUUGUGUAAUGUUCAACGUUCAAGUGCGGGUGUGGAUACAAUUUUUGUUACAAUUGCGGAGCUGCGAAUGUAGCACAUUUUGGUCAUAUAUGCUACAAGCACUCCUAAACUCUAUUAAUAGGAGCGAAAGAGGGCCGGGCAUCGAUAUAUACACCGUAACCAAAUCCCAAAAUCCACUAACGAACAACUCUAUCAAAAUGGAGACCCCCUAUAAAAUCUCGCCUCAUCACCUUCCCGAGGAGAAUCAAGUGGCGGUUCAGUCGUCGCGACCUUGCAAAUGGCGCCUAAAGCUUCGAAAACCGUCAAAAUUCCGGCGGCCGCCGCCGCCAACAAGCCCAACGCCACCCCAAUCGAAAAUUUCCGCCCUAAACUCAAAAAGAAAAAUAUCGGUUUAUCCCGAAGCCCUUAUUCCGGCGACGGCGAGAGGCGAGUGCUUGCGUCCAGAACCAGAGGAUAACACCAAACUGGUCCCCUGCUCGACUUUCAUGUGCGAAAUCUGUGCCGACGAAAAACCUAAUGGAGAAAGUUUUCGCAUUUUGGGCUGCCAUCACUCGUACUGUGCCGACUGCGUGAUAAGAUACGUGGUCUCAAAGCUAGAGGACAACAUUGUCUCCAUUAAUUGCCCUGUUGCCGGUUGCAAUGGUUUUCUGGAGCCUCAACAUUGCCGGUCGAUAUUGCCAGAGCAGGGUUUUUACCAGUGGGGAUACGCAUUGUGUGAGGCCGCUAACUUGGAUAUGGAGAAAUUCUAUUGCCCGUUUAAAGAUUGCUCGGCCCUCUUGUUUUGUGAGAGGAAGGGCAAAAAUGAAGUGAAUGCUGCUGCAUCUCUGUGCUCUUAUUGUAAAAGGGAUUUUUGCGCAAAGUGUAGGCUGCCUUGGCACUUGGGCCUCACUUGCGACAAGUUCAAGGGGCUGAAGGAGGGGGAGAGGAGUCCUGAAGAUCUAUUGCUGAUGAACCUUGCUAAGAGGAAGAAAUGGAUGAGAUGUCCACGUUGCAGUGUUUACAUCCAGAAAAUUAGCGGUUGCUCUUUUGUUACUUGCAGGUGUCGUUGCACUUUUUGUUACUGUUGUGGAGCUGCAGAUGCAUGCAACAAGCGCCAACUCUUGAGAGCAGAAGGUGGUAUGCUGAGUAUAGAUAGUAGACGUGCCGAUGAACUUUAUGUUGUCACUAUUAGAGAUGACUUCCUGAAAAUGAUAGCACUGACCUUAGAACUGUUAUGGAUGCAUUUGGAAGAAGCUACCCUAAUCUUCAGAACAUCCGUAUUGCCUCAGUUUUGCUCUCACAUGAUGGGUUUGCGGAUGUUGUCUCUUGUUCUACAAUCAGGGAUAACUGAUGCAUCAGUAGCAACUAUUGCUACAAGUUUUCCCAAAACUGGAAUACACCGUAACCAAAUCCAAAAAUCCACUAGCGAACAAUUCUAUCAAAAUGGAGACUCCCUAUAUAAUCUCGCCUCAUCACCUUCCCGAAGAGAAUCAAGUGGCGGAUCAGUCGUCGCGACCUUGCAAAUGGCGCUUAAAGCAUCGAAAACCGUCCAAAUUCCGGCGGCCGCCGCCGCCAACAAGCCAGACGCCAUCCCAAUCGAAAAUUUCUGUCCUAAAACCAAAAAGGAAAACAUCGGUUUAUCCCGAAGCUCUUAUUCCGGCGACGGCGAGGUUAAAGUUCUUCCCUCUUUCCUCAAAUUCCUGAAAAAGGUUUUCCGCAUAGGCGAGUGGUCGCGUCCAGAGCCAGAGGAUGACACCAAACCGGUCCCCUGCUCGACGUUCAUGUGCGGAAUCUGUGCCGACGAAAAACCUAAUGGAGAAAGUUUUCGCAUUUUGGGCUGCCAUCACUCGUACUGUGCCGACUGCGUGAUAAGAUACGUGGGCUCAAAGCUGGAGGACAACAUUGUCUCCAUUAAAUGCCCCGUUCCCGCUUGCAAUGGCUUGCUCGAGCCUCAACACUGCCGAUCGAUAUUGCCCGAGCAGGUUUUUGACCGGUGGGAGUACACAUUGCGUGAGGCCGCUAUCUUGGAUACGGGGAAUAUCUAUUGCCCGUUUAAAGAUUGCUCGGCCCUCUUGUUUUGUGAGAAGUUUUGUGAGAGUAAGGGCAAAAGUGAAGUGAAUGCUGCUGCAUCUCUGUGCUUUUACUGUAGAAGGUAUUUUUGCGCAAAGUGUCGGCUGCCUUGGCACGUGGGCAUCACUUGCGAUGAGUUCAAAGGGCUGAAGGAGGGGGAGAGGAGUCGUGAGGAUCUAUUGCUGAUGAAUCUUGCUAAGAGCAUGAAAUGGAUGAGGUGUCCACGUUGCAGUAUUUACAUCCAGAAAGUUAAAGGUUGCUAUCGUGUCACUUGCAGAUGUGGAUGCACUUUUUGUUACGAUUGUGGAUUUGCGGAUUUAACAUUUUAUCAUACAUGCGCCGAAACUCGAGUUAAGUUGUCUCAUCACAAUUUAUUUAUUUACAACUUAAAAAGGAGCAGAAGGGGGUGCGCUGAGUAUCGAUAUGUAGACGUGCCGAUGAACUUGAUGUCGUCACUAUUAGAGAUGACUUCCUUGUUUUCGACAACUUUUUCCCUUGAUAACUUAUUUUCGAAUAUUUUUAAGUUUCUGUUUGGUUUUUCCUUUUACUUUUCCUUUGAUGGCAUCUUUUCA